CUGGGUCAAAUAAACACAGAUAAGCCUCCUGUCCCAGUGGUCGGACAGACACUCUCAGCCAUGAUCCUGACGGCUCGCAGUCUGUGUCUUCCCUCUGCAGCCACCGUCCAGGAGCUGUUCUCGGUGGCCCGAGACGCCAACAUCAUCCCAGACAUCUCCCUGGAUCCCGUCCUCACGACUUUCCUCUCGCUGGACUCCUCCGCGGCUCUGCAGCACCAAUAUGGCUUCCUGCAGCGCAGCAUGAGCGGCGAGCAGCAGGCGGCCUUCAACCUGAACCUUACUGCAGAGGUGGGCAGCUGCAGGGUCACAUACGGAGGCGUGGGGGUCAUCGCUUUAGCUCUGUCCCUGCUUUUGGACCAGGUGGCCCAACAUGUAGUGCGAGGUUCAGCAGAGGGCCUCCCGUCACCUAAAGGAUCCAGAGCCGAGAGGAUUUUCGGCAUCAGCACAUCUUCAAGAAUCGGCUCCAUGAUCCACACCUACCUCAGCCUGGUCCCCGGCAUCGCCAACAACGAGGAGAAAAUGGCGGAGACCACCGAGCUCUACGAUAACUUCCUAAACCUCGAGCUGAUCGACCAUUACGAGAGGAUGACCACCAAGAAGAGGAUGAGCACAGAGUCCAUGCAGCAGUGGUUGGCUGGAGCUGCGUUUCAUCUGCACCUCAGGAUCCACCAGGUGCGUCUUCGCUCUGUGCCAUCUGGAUCGAUCGAGUCUCUCCGUUUGUCUUAUAAAACGGGCUUAAAUCGCCUCGUUCACGGCUACGUAGCCUACUUACGUAAAAACGUCUUGGAGACUGAAGCGGCUGGCCCACUGAAAGCAAAAACUGGAGCCGGCAGCAGGAUGGAAAACAGCAACAGCUCCAGCAUCAGUACUAACGUCAUGGUUUACCCAGCUCAUACGACACCCAAUGCAACCGCAGGAGAUAACAGAAGCUGUGGAGACUCUGGAAGCGGCGAGCUGAGAGGAAGAAACGGCACCACCCUCAACACCUCAACGCCUCGCUGUAUCAUGGAGGAGGAAGACAGCGAGCUCGGUCUGCUGGUCAUCGAGCCCCAGAGAAAAGUGAGUCACACCAUCCAGCAUCACCCCUGUGAGUCUCCGGCCAUCCAGCAGGCUUUGGUGGCGCAUAUUAUGAAGUCUCAGGACCUGCAGCGCAACAGAAACUUUUUCCUCUAUCCUGAGAAAGUCCUACAAAGCCUCCUGAAGCAGAGGGACGACUUUGAGCUCAAAGCAACUUAGACUGACAUCAAUCUUCAUCUUCAUUCUCCUCAAAUCCAGAAGAAAAAUAAACAGACUCAAAGUAACUCAUCCACUCAGUAGUUUAUUCUAAGUCAAUUAGUAUAAAAGUGGCUUUUUUGAUGAUUGGACUUUAGUAAUAAAUGUUUUUCAAUAUUAAAUCCACUUUUCAGUGGAUUGAAGAAGUAAACCCAUUAAAAUAU